AUGAAUAAUUUUAAUAUGAGCGAUUCGCGCAAUAGGCGCAAUCUUCUAUAUUGGACUGGGUUUUUUCCAUUUCAUUCAGUAACUAAUUAUUCUUCAGACGCUACUAAAAUGAAAUUAGACAUGAAAAACACAUUUGGAGACGGUUUGUAUAUAAGCAAUUUACAUCUCAUACCUGAUCCCCUAAAGAAAAAUUUGGCUGAUUCUAUUAUAACAGGAGAGUUAAAAACAAAAACAAAUAUGGCGUCCGAAACAAAAACAUUACCUAAUGAUCAAAAAAGAAAAGAGGUCGAAGCAUCUGAUCACCGGAUAGAUUCUUAUCCAUCUUUAGCAGGCAUAACAAGCUUCUUUUCAGGCGUUUUCAGUUUCGUGUCAGGAGCUAUGUUUCAUAAACGCGCGAACUCCCCUACACAGUAUUACGAAUGCUUCGAGCACAAUUUCGAUGAAAUGACGCCCUCACUCCAAGCUUGGCAGCAUGCCAAGUCUGAGGAUCAAAAUAAAAAUGGACGGGCUCACAAUGUUACUGCCAGUACAAAUGAUCCAACUAACUCUCAUAAUAUAACAAUGGACUUGAAUUGUAAGAUAAAGGCUGCUCGUUGUGAGGAUAAACUAAAUCAGGUACGUUUACUCCUUACAAAUCAUCACACUCCGCAGUAUCAACCGAGACUACGUCCAAGACGUCCUCGGAAGGUAUUUGUUGAACCAAAUUCCAUUGAGGAUUGUUUUGAAGAUGCUUUUUCUCCUGAAGAUUUUGAAACCCUUCCUAACGAUACUAUUUUGGAAUAUUAUAGUCCACUUAGUUAUCAAAAUCCAGAACUAUUUGUAUCUGAUGCCCCACAAAUUAAUACUAAAUAUUUACCAGUAACAAAACAUACGGAAAUAAGUAAGGCACUGCCUGAUAAAAAUGAAGAUAAUAAUAUAGAUAUAUACACAAAUAAUGAAAAGAAUGUCCAUAUUGUGUCUUCAUGUGAAGAUAAAAUAAAUGCAUUGAAGGCUCUUUUAGACAAGAGGCAAAAUAGUAAAUCUACAACUGGCCCUAAAUCUGCUAUAACAACAGAACCUACACAAAAGGAGCAAAAGAGCCAACCUAUUACAAUUCCAGCUAACUGUACAGAUGGAAUUAUAUCUAGUGCAGAAAAGAAAAAAGAAAAUAAUACUAUAGAGGGAGAUAAAACUUUUAACCAAUUGUUUAUUGAAGAUGUUGUUAAAGAUAUUAAUAGUAGUGACUUAAAUAAUAGCUUAGAAUCACAAGAUGACCAGUGCUCUGAUUCUUCACCAGAAUACCUUGACCCUAGCAAUUACUUUGAUGAAGUAACUGGUAGAUUUUACUCAACUUCUGCAACAGACAGUGAAGAUUCUUUCCAAAUUGUUUUUACUGAUAGUCCUAGGUCAUUAAGAAAAAGAAAUCUAUCAGAUUGUGAUUCUGAAGACUCUUUUAUUGUUUUUGAGGAUUCACCUGACAGCUGUUACCUCUCAAAUGAUGUAUUUGGAGAUGAACUUAGUAGCCAAGAGGUUGCCAUUGAUAGCUCAGAUUUUGACAACUCUGAUGAAUCUGACAAUUCAGAUUCAGAGAGUGAUUCUGGAUGUGAUUCUUACCAUCCUACUUGUAAACUGUCACAUUCACUUACAAGAACUAUUGGUGACUUGACAGAUGAUUCACUGUAUGAAGCUGAUGAAAACAAAGGUGAUGAGGAUGAAGUUGAUUGUGCUCCCAAAUUCACAGUUGAAAAUGUAACAAAUGUGAUUGAAAAAAAUGAGGGUGCAGAUGCAAUAGGAAUGAAACCAAGGGGCCUGCUAAUUGAUGAGAAAAGAAAAUUGGAUAAGAAGAAACAACCGGCAAAAAAUGUACACUUUUCCCCACAUCCGCCAAAAGUGCAUGUUAUGAGAGUAUGGGCCUUUGCAGCGAGGCAGGCGAGGGCCGGUCACUGGGAGCGACACGCUCUCGACCGCGAAAGGUUUAAACGAAGAAUAGCUGAUGUUGAUAUGGCAGUAUCUUGGGUCCUCAAGCCCCAGCAUAGAUCCCGGGUGAUGUUCCAGCGAUUUAUGCCUUGGUGGAACGCUCAGAAAAGAAAAGAAUUAGCCGAAAAGAAGCAAAAAGAAUUAGAAGAAAAAAAUGCCGAGGUAAACAAUAAAACGAGUGAUAUGUCGGACGCAGAAAUUGUAACAGAGUCAGAUGUAAAGGUUAAAGCAAAUGAUACGUCUGACGCGAACAUUGUAACAGAGCCGGAUGUUAAUGCAAAUAACGUUAAAAAGUAUAAAAUUCCAUUAAAUACAGAAAUAAAAGAUCAAAGUAAAAAAAUCGUAAAUGGUUUUAAAAGUAACAUUGAAUUACGGGGCGACCCUGCUAAUAUUAGCAAUAAAACAAAGAUUAGUGAAAAAAAUAAAAAAAUAAGAGAAACGCACAAUGUUCUAAAAGACAGCGAAAUAGAACUAAUCAAUGAUAAAAUAAACGCUUUAAAAUUAGGUAUACCAGGCAAAGAUAUAGACGCAUUAACAACUUGA